AUGGAGGAGGUGUCACGUCACACAGCUCUUAUCGAUCGCCUCCGCAUCCCCACUGUUCAUCGGUUUAUCGAUCCACGCGGCAAAGGUGCAAUAAUGUGUGACCUCAUUUUUCGUCCAAUCAAAAUCCGCACCGGUUUACCCACCGCCUCAGCUUGGCUACAGAGACUAUACGACUCUGGAAGUGGCCUUAUUGUAAGCACACAGAAGGAUGCUUAUUCCACCUUGUCGUGGUCGAGUAAAUGUGCCAUAUCUGAUAAUCUGCGGGCUGUUUUGCUUCCCCACAACUCCCGCGUCCCCCCUCCCGCCUCCUCAGCCUUGUCAAUGCAAAUCCCACGUGCAUUCCACAAGGUGUGGAGGGAGUUGACGAGUCCACGCAGUCUUCGGACGCUCUUGCGGUCACUGUUAUACCUCGACAGUAACGAGGCCUGGUGUAGACCUGUAGGUCUAACUAGCAUUCCUGAUUGUCACGUCCUCUGCGAGAACCCCCAGUCGCGUUCAGUUGUCGUAGUGUAG